ACGGGCUCGCUGUGCCGACGCAGCGCCCGCCUCGUCCUUCGCGGCCGCCUCGCAAGCCCCCGGCCUGCCCCCGGGACGAUGGCACUCUGGCUCGGCAAGGGGCUCGGGUCAGCCAGGCCGCCCGAGCAGCAGCUCCAGUCGUCUCUGGAAAAGCUGCCAAGGAUGGGUGCUUACUGAAAUGGGAGGUUUCAACCCGUAAAUGUGGGCUGUAUUUUCUCAGGAGAUGCUGAGUGAGGAAGGCAAAGUGGGGGAAACACUGCAGUCUGGAAGCAUAUGAAACUCCAGAACAAGCUCUUUCUUGUAACUUUAUCCUUACUUUUUGUCAUUUACUGCUUUUUCAGUGCUACUUUUGUUUUCUUCCAAAGGGUUGAAUAAUCCUGCUUGGUUUGUGGCUUCCUAUCAACUUUGCUUGCAGUCAGUGUUUUAUAUUGGUCAAAACCUCAUUCUCCUUUCUUUCUGGAACUGUUUCCCUCUCGCUGUCCACACCGUUGCUGCAAUUACCAUAUUUAAAAUACCAGAGUUUUUUGUAAGGUAGUGUGUUGCCUUCUUACAGAAGUGAUGUUCUAAGUGGAUCAGUUGAGACAAGACCUAUGAUGUGGAAAAGCAUGGCAUUAAUUUUUGGGUUUUGUUUGCAUUAAUUUUUGGGUUUUGUUUAGCGAUUCAAUGGUAUAGGUUUCCUGAAGUAGUUAGUCUGGAUUGCUGCAGCAAAGCAGUUCAAGAAAAUGUAUUUGAACUGCUAAAACUUACAUAUUAAUUAUUUUGCUUUGAGAGGACUGCAUCAGAAAUAAGCAGUUAGAUGCUGGACUGCCAUCUGUCUAAUUCACUUACAUUUGAAGCGCUUCUUCCUUCUCAACACAAGUGGAAAACCAGGAGAAAACAGCAGAAGGGGCAAUAUAUCUGUUCAAACUGUUCUUCAUGUGGAAAGUCAGCAGAAAACUUGAAUGCUGUACUGCCCAUUUUCAAAUCUAGCUCUUUUAUGUACUACUGCUUGCUCAUAGUGCUUAAGAACCAACAUUGGUUAGGGUUUGUUGGUAGAGAAAGGUCUUAGAGGUCUAUUAGUGCUAAAAUGGUGUAUUGAAGCUUGACUUGACACAGACAAAGCUACCACAAACAGUUUGUCAGUGGCAUCAGAGUACAGUGCAAAUUUACUGUUCUAUACUACCAUGAAAAAAAAAAUCAGGAUAAAUCUUUGAGCAGUUGUGGUGAACUACUUCUAGUAACUCAGAUUGUCCUAAAAGCAAUUUCUUUCUUUUUACAUGUCAUCUUCAGCGUUGGUCAAGUCUGUAUUUCAGUUAUGCUUUUGCAUUUGCUGAAUUCAUUUAGGUUCUUGGUGCAAGUUAGGGAGACUAUAUAUGUACCUGAAGCUGGUCAUCAUCAGGGUGAGCAGCAAAUAACUCCUGACUCCUUUUAGUGAAUUGAAAAAAAAAAAAAAUGCAGCCUCAUUCAACACACAGUUUUGUAAGGUGUUUGUACAAUCUGUCAUAAGAAAAAAAACAGGGCUUCUUCCCAUCUGCUUUCUGCUCUUUAAGCUUUUGGACAUCUGCAGGGACUUCUGAAACUAACAGUAGGAUCCUUCUAGUUUGUUCAGGAGCCAUGCUUCUUUUUUUUCUUUGGCUUUAGAGCAUAGGUUGAAGGGUGCCAGAAGGAGACAGAGACAAGAGACCUGUGUCCAAUAUCAAAGAUGUGAACGUGAAGUUUAUUUAAACAGUAACAAAAAAAUGUUUUCUGUUCUCAGUUUAUACUCCCAAGUAUUCUGUUAGCAGAGUGAAAAAUAAGCACUAAGCUUACACUAAGGCUGCCUACAGUGACCCCUUUUGAGUGACAUCUACUAAUAUACGUAAAUACAAUAGUUUUCACCAAGAAAAAGCAGACACUGUAAGUUCAUUACUUGGUAUUUAAUCCCAUUUAGAGACAAAAUGUCAGCCAGAGAUCAGUCAGGAUCCUUUUUUGAAUUCUUUCAUCAAGUCCUACCUAAUCUCUUGCAUAGAAAAGUAUCUUCUGAACAGUUGAUCAUCUUACUAUUCACAACCUUUUCCAGAUGUUUCAUGAAGAUGAGCAGCACAGAUCUCAACACUGAUUCCUGUGGGAUUCCACUGGUGAAGUGGAUGAUGUACUGGAUUGUGUUUGCCUUUUUCACCACUGCAGAAACACUCACAGACAUUAUUCUUUCUUGGUUUCCCUUUUAUUUCGAGCUGAAAAUCGCAUUUGUGAUUUGGCUGCUCUCCCCUUACACCAAGGGCUCCAGUGUCCUCUACAGGAAGUUUGUGCACCCAACGCUUUCCAAUAAGGAGAAGGAAAUUGAUGAAUACAUUACUCAGGCUUGUGACAAGAGCUACGAAACCAUGAUGCGAGUUGGCAAGAGAGGGUUAAACCUUGCUGCCAAUGCAGCAGUUACUGCAGCUGCAAAGGGCCAGGGAGUUCUGUCUGAGAAGCUUCGAAGUUUCAGCAUGCAGGAUCUCACUAUGAUUCGAGAUGAAGAUACUGUGCAUAUGCGAAGCCGUGAUCCACAGCUGCACCCCUCUGGUGCAAGUCUUCUGGAAACUAUUGAAGACUCAGCUUCCUGUUACUCCUCAGGAGAGGAGAGCAGUGUGGCACAUCGGUCUAAUGGAACCCCAUCAGAUACCAGAACAGACCCAUCAGAUGAAGAUGCAGGAGACAAACUUCCUAAACGUACCCAGAGUCUCAAAACUCCUAAAAAGCUUCCGGUAAGAAGUGUAAAAGCCCGCCCUAAGAAGAAAGCUGCUGGCUCUCUUGCUUCUGGCGAGUCAUCCUAAGGCGACCUCCCCCACCGCAGCACCUGUCUCUGUCCUGGGAUUUGCCUUUCGCUUUUAUGGGGAAACUCUCCAAAGGAAGGGAGCUGAGAUUCUUGUACAUAACCGAUACUGCUUUACAGAGCUCAUUCCAAGGCAAGGGGGAGGCUUGGAUUCAGAAAGCAGAGUAGAGGAUACAAAUCCUCAGGAAUUUUCUCCUUUUCAUCUCUCUGUUGGAGGGAAUGCUGAUAUGUCUGUACAUAGCCAGUUGCUUUGGAAUUCCCACUGUAUAACUCUAGUUGAGAAUCUUUGCUGGGAAAACUGACUAGGGUUGGAGACAUCCAUUGCACAGAAGCUGGAAAAAUACUAGGCACUGGAGUUCCACAGGGUGGGUGGCUCUCUAAAAUAUCUUAUCUUGCUCUGUGUAUUCUUCUGCAGCUGUGUGUUGUUAAGAAGUGCCCACCAUGAGUUGUAUUCCUUAAGAAUGGACCGUACCUGAUAUGUCCAUCACCUUUGAGAAAGUAACUGAAGUGAUGUAUGCUGAGUGCUUUUGAACAUAAAGGACUGGCUCAUGGGGGGGCUAAUGCUAGACUCCCACUACUCAUACUGGAAGAUGAAGAGAUUGGUUUUGUAUUUGAUUUUUUCUGGAAGGUGAUAAUUUUUUCUGGAAGGGAGAUAAUAAGAAACUAAUUAAGGAAAUGUGCUAUUACAUGCACAUUAUAUGAUGGAGUAGGUAGGAGUUACUGUUGAGAAGGAAAGUUUGGCGUCUCUUAAAAUUUUGGCUCUUUUUGAAACUGCUUGAAUUUUAUUUCAGGUCCUAAGCUCACUUUGACUCCUAUGAGAGCAUAGAAUGAGAUGAGUCCCAUGCCGUAGGUCUCAUGCAGGUCAUGGCAAGCAUACUCGCUUUGCAUUUAGUGGUCAAACUCAUGUAAUUGUGUUGCUUGUCACUUCAGACAAAUUCUAGCAGAUGUCUGGGGAAAAUCUUGUCUCAAAAAAGACAUACGUGAGAAUUUCAUAAGCCCUCACCUCUCAGCUUUAGGAGAGUCAAUCCUUAGGACAUGAGAACUGAAACAGUUAAUUUAUUAACAGUUGAGUUCCUUUAACUCCAGAAUUUCAUUUAUGGGGGAUAAAAAACAGGCACUAGGGCUCGGUGCUGGUUAAUACUGAUUAAUCUGUCCUCUUCAUGUGUCCUGCUGCAACCGUUGCACAGAUUUUCUGUCUGACAUGUGCCAAGCUUAUCAGUGUCCCGAGACUCAAGCAAUACUUAACGCUUGGGAAAGAAAACUACAAGGAAUGUAGAGUAUGUAUUGUGGGAGGGAAAUUGUAGUGCUGCAGAGAAAAUCUGCAUAAUGCCAAGCCAUACUAGUCUCUUGAACAUUGUUAAGGAGAGAUCCUCUGUACACAUGCCAGCUGAGCCAAUGAAAAUUUAUGAGUAGGGUUCUUGUUAUCAAGAUCUAUAGUGAAGGUGCACCAUUAUAGACAUGGGUGGCUGAAUGAAUACUUGAUGGUCUUAAUUUUCACUGAAAUUAGUUAUCAAAGGAACCUGGCUCCUACAUACAGGUGUUUGCAUCCCAUACUUUUGCUGUCACAUUUCUGAAAUGACACUGAAUUAUUCACAGAGCCCAAUAUUUUGCUGUUGACAAGGUAUAAAAACACUUCUGCUGCUAAUGCUCUAUAAGUAUCUCUGUCCUAGAGAAUAGCCUUUCAAAAGUUUAUAAAGUUGAAGAUUAGGACUGAAUUUUUUUCUUGUUUUCCAUUGUCUUGGUGGCAAAUUGUUUGCUGUUGAAUUGACCGGUUAUUUCAGGAAGCAAAUUAAGUUUGGUUUACUAUUUUUUGUAGUUCUUAAAAAUUUAAACUUUACAGUCCGUGUUAGAGACUUGAAUCUUGUCAGAAAUAUUUGUCCAGAAUUAUCCACAAGGCCUUAUCCAGAAGCCAGUUGAAAAUCCUUGAUUUGGGUCUGUGUUUCAUUAAAAAAACCCACUUAUUUUGUUCUUUUUUAGUUUAUUAGCAAACUUCUUGUCUUACUAGCACAUGCAAAUGCGUGUCCUGAAGCAGGAAUACUUUCUGUUUCCAGAGAAAAUUCCUCUCUCCAGAAAACAGAUUAAAUCUUUCAUGGUUAUGUGGAAGAUCCACUUGUGCGGAAUUGCUGUCCUAGACUUUACUGUACUGAGCAAGAGAGAACCAUUGUUCUCUAUGUACCAAGUAUAUCUAUGACUGUGUUUCUUGAUUUUUUUUUAUAUUAGAAUUGUGCAUAGCAAAUUAUUUAUGUAAAUCAUUGUGAGGGACUUGAUUUGGAAGCCAAGUCUCCCUUUGUGCUGAUUUUCGCACUCUGAUAGUCUAUGAUUACUGGGUUCCCACAGAGCGACUUUCCAGAAUCUUCUCUAGAAUCCUUUUAUUUGUAGUAGCUUUUCUGCUUUGAAGCACAGGAAGAAUUUCUGAAGAUUCAGUUCAGGUAUUUGGAUUUAUCUUUGUCUUCCUGAGCUGGGGCCUGUGCUAAGUAGCUUUUACAUUGAUGCUUGAUGUCAUUAGCUUGGGUAAAUAUGGUUCAGUUUUACUCUGACUUUUGUUUAUACAGGGGAAUUGGCUUUUGAUUGCAAGAGGGAGUCUGCAGUAGAGUCAGGGACUAUCUAAUAUGUGAUAUGAAGCUGAUGCUGUCAAGCAGCACAACUUACCCAGAGCAAGACCAAUGUCUUAGCAUGAAUACUGUUUUCUUCUUCUAGUACAAAUGCCACUGCUAGAUUGUGCUUUGCUUGAUCAAAGCCACUGCAGAUCUACCACCACCCAUGUGACCUCUUAGUGAGUUUCUAGAUAAAGUUCUGCAUUGGAUGCACUGUCUUGCAUAGAAAUUCUCUUGUUAAUGAGAAUGCUGAAUGUGCCGUUUUGAUAAAAUGCUUUUAUCAGCUGCUGUUCGGUGUUUUCAGCAGGAAAUGCUGGAAUGUAGUUUCUCUUCAGUAUCAUAUGUGGGCUUCAUCAUGCAAUUAAGCAAAUAUUUAAAUUUUCACCUAGCAGUAGAACCCUGUUGUGUUUGGUAAAUGUUUAGAGCCUUUUCCUAAUAUACUUGGCCAUAGAGAGAAGUGCAGUAACAGAAAAUGAACAUGAGGGCUGAAGAGGGUGGUAUGUGUAUGUCAAACUUCGUGUGCCUAAAAGUUAUCCUAAAAUACCUGUAUCAUGACAUACAAAGUUGAAGCCAUGACUGCCUUUUGAAAAGAAAUGUUUUACUUUCAUGCUUUGUAGUAGUACAAGUCAGUGUUCUACUGUUGGAAAAGAAAAUUCUGAAAUUUGGUUUCCUGUGUGAGAAACUUAAUGAUUUGUUGCAUAAACGGGAAAAAUAUUCUCUUGUUUGGCAGUAAUCCUCCAUAAUGGGUAAGAAAUGUGAAAAUACAGGGAAGACAGCUGUCAGGUUUUAAACCUUUACACUUUACCUAAGCAUCAUUGUUACCUAGUUUUUUAAAAUUGAGUUUGUGGUUCUCCAGUUUUACAUUUAUGGGACUGAUUUCCUUUAGACUAGAAUGAUUUCCUUGGUAGUUCGGGCAUAUAUAUAGGGAGGGGUGCUGGUGUUCUUAAAAUUGCAAAGCUUGUUCUGGGGAGCUUUCACCUUCUCUCAUUUUAGUGAAUUUAUUUCUAUUCAUUGUGUUUUUCAGUGCAAAGCUUUCUUUUAUACAUUCCUGUUAGGAGUAUGACUCCCUCACAAUAUACUUCCUUGGAAAGCAAGAUUUCUAGAGAAUCACAACUUUCCAGAAAUGGCUAUUUAUUCUGUGCCGUCUUAAUCAGCAGGAAAUUUGGUGCCUUAGGAAAAAAGUAAGAUAUCGAUGGAGAACUCUGCUGGUUCUCUGAUCUACACAUACCAUUGUAUUAAGGUAGCUCACAAACUUAACUGUUAAGUGUCAUUGUGUGUUUGAGAGCAGCUGUUGAAUUGAGCUAAUGUUUCCUUUCUGUUUUCCAAAGUUGCAUAUAAUGCCGGAAAGUGUGGAUUGUUCCCUAAGAGAGAAAUCUGAGGAAAAAAAAAGUUGUAUUCUAAUGGGGACACUGUAUUGUCACAUUCCUGCUUGCUGGAGAGAUGCUGAAUCACAUCUCUAUGUAACUGGUUUGUACUAUAGCUUUUCUUGGUUUAGCUACUAGGAGUUUGUAAUGUGCUGUCUGGCUGAAGCAUCUUGUGGUGCUGGUUUGUGAGUUAUCUUGCAAAGUCAGAGAUGUGAAAAACCAGGAAAGCACUGCAAAAUUACACAAGCUUCUAGAACCAUAGAGGCGUCAGAGUUGGAAGGGGCCUCUGGGGGUCAUCUUCUUCAAUAUCGCAACUCAGUCAGGACCAGUUCUAGUGUGCUAUUUCUUGUCUGGAGUCUGCUGAGUUUAAUGUUUAAGAGCUGAUAACAUAUGCAGAAAUGCAUAUGCUGUAUGGGAAUGUGCUUUAGUCUUACUGAGGAGAAAUAUUUCCUGGUCACUUUUCAUCUGGAAUUUGGCUCAGUUGCAAGACACUAUAAACAUAACUCAUUCUUAUGUUCUUAUAGGUAUUGUUAAAAAGCCUAGAGGCCUCAAAAAAGAUCUUGAGGUAUGCAGAGUAAAUUGUGAAAAUAGUUGGUUUUAACAGUAAAUGGAGACAAUAACUGCAUGGCAGCUAAGAACCUGUCCUGUGAGAUAGAUAGCAUUAGAGUAGAAAAUGAGCUGUGUAUGGUACAGAGUUGUCCAGUAAAUGCUGCUAACUUUCUGAGCCUCAAGCAACACUUAAACUGUACAUUCUACAGAUGAGAGGUUGAUUUAUUUUUUGAGCCAGAUUCCUCGCUUGGAGUCAGUCUCUGUCUCCCUCCCUCCCUCCCCGCUUUGCUUCCCCCCGCCCCCCUCAUCCCUUUCAGACUGGACUUGAGCUACAUACACUGAGAUUCUUCAAACUUUCAUCCCUUCAGAACAAUAAAGAUUUACCUCAGCAGGCAACUGAUCUGAAGGGAGGACCAGAUGAAUAUCAAGUAUCUCUCAUCACUUGUGUAGAUGUGUUAUGCUGGAGAAGCACUAGCAGGAAGCUUCAGGGGAUACAUUUGCCUGGGAAAUUCUACCCUCUGCCCCCUGCCAAAGCCUUCAUUUCUGGGUGAACCAAAUGCUGGACUUAGUUACUCUCAUAUAUACACAGUUAUCUGUAGAAUCCCACAAUUCAAUGUAAGAAUUUCCAGUGCUCUAUUUCUGAUGAUUACAGGAGUUAAACUAAUACGAAGUGAAAAGAAGCAGUGGCAAAUCGGUAGGGUUUUUGGGUUUGUUUUUUUUUUGCAACUUUGCAGAUAAAUUUAGGUCAUUGCUAUUUAUAUGCCUAAAAUCUUUGCCUAAAGGUCCUUGCAAGCUGUUACUUUCUUACUCUCUUUCUGAGCUCCUGUUCUGUGAACUGGUUGUGGUUUUUAUGUUUACUCUUCCUAAGCAAGGUCUGUCUUCCAUUUUCCUGACUGUGGAGACUUGAAAUAUACUAUAGUAGAGCUGUAAUUUAGCCUUUUUUUGUUAUUCAAACCAAUGACCUAGAUUGAUACAUGUAACUGGUACAAGGCCUAAGGCUAGAUUCGCAGGUGGAAUGUAAGCAACUAUUGCAAAUAGCAUAGUUUGACAUAUUUCCCUUUUCUUGCAGUGGAUCCUGGCUAAAAUGUACUUACUGCAGAUCCUUUGGAUAAGGGCAUUCUGUCAGGAUUUGACCAAAUAAUGUUAGAAGUAACAUUUAUGGGAAUAAUGCAAAAAUAAGUGAACACUAAAGGAGUAAAAGCUCAAGUCUUCUGUAAUAUAUAACUGUCUGAGACUACUUAAAACACUAAAGCGUUUCUGGCAGCAGUGGAAAUGCAUUGCUAUACUGGCUUAAAGAGGUAUGGCAUUCAGUCAUGGUCUUUGUAGUAGGUUUGGGAGUAAAGUUGUCUGGAUGGCAAGCAUAUAAAGUUUUACAUACCAGGGAACUAAGUUUUUAUCACAAGUAAUGCUUAGUAACUUACCAAAAAGCAAGAAGUCAAAAAAUUUGACUAAAAUUAUAGAAUGGAAAGAAAUUUUCCUGAUCGUCAAACCUUGCAUCGAAUUGUAAACUUCCUGUAUUCAUGUUGCUGCCUUAUUUGGGAAAGCACUGCAUUAAUGAACUCCUUAUUUUUGACUCCUCUCUUACUUUAUUUCUGAAAUGAAUAUCAAAUUGGAGAUGCUUGGGUUUGACUCAGCAGUUUAACGUCCAUGUGCCCGUUAGCACGGUGCUGACCUAGAGGCAGUACGGCACUGGGAGGGUUGUGAAUUAUAUUUUGUCCACUAGAGGGCAUAAGCAGAGAGCAGAGACGCGUCUCGUUUAUUCAUUUAUGAACGUUGAACAGCAAUAUUUCCUAGGUAUGACUGAAGGUCCUCCUUGGAGGUGAGGGGGAAAACAAGUUGGGGCUCUAAUGGAGAACUAUGAAAUAAUACUGCUGCUAACAUCUGACUGAAAAGGCUAUUCUGGGCAUUCUAAUUGAGCCACUAUCCUGUGAGGCUUGCUGAGACAAUACUGUUACGGAAUAACUGUCCUCACUUUUGUUGUUGUUGUUGUACAUUCAAACCAUUUUCUAGUUGUAGGAAGCAGCUCUGAAAAUGGCAAUAUUUGUGAUUCCCCCCACCUCCCCACAGCCCUCUUUCCCCCUGCCGGCUUUUGCAAUUAACCAAUUUGUGUGUGUUGCUCUACCUUAUACUCUGAAUUUUAGUAGUAUUUUCUGGUGAGGAUAUUUUCUUUCAGUUGAAUCUUUUUUCUGUGGAAAGAGAAGCCAUUUUAAUCUAAAAAUACAGAUGUAUCUAAUGUUACUAUGGUAAUUUGUAACCAUGGCAACAGAGAGUUAGCAUUCUGAAGAACAGACAGAUUUGGUUGGAUUUUUGGUUGUGUUUUUUAUUUUUUAAAGUCAAUGACCUAAUUCAUGGUGCACAUAUUUCACAAAAUGAAUUUGACUUUUCAUAUUUGUUAACCAUGCGGGAUAAUAGGGGUCCAAGGGAUUUUGAUAUUUUUACAAGGAAAAGCUGAUGUUAGAACAUAAUGUAACAACGUUUGAGAAAUGUUUCCAUUGUUGAAAAAUUCUUUUAUUUGCAACAGCACAGAUGGAGAUUUGCAGACUGAAGGAGGAUCCAAGACAUACCAGGAGGUUUCUGUAGGAAAGGGAAAUAUAAUCUAGAAUAGUCCUGGGGAUUCUUCAAUGUCAGACUUCGGGGGAAGAAACGAGAAGAAUAAAAUAUAUUGAAUAUGAUUCUAUUUUACCAUCAUAUGAUCAGUAUUAGGUAAACCAACACAGUGCUUUUGGGCAGGUGCUAAAUUUCAAGUACGAGUUGUGGAUUGCCCUGACAUUCCCCAUCCUAAGAGCAUGUAGUGCAUUCUACAAAACAUUAGUAAUGAAUCAAACAGUUAUUAGAAAUUAACUUAUUAUUGAGGGUGGUAGGAAUGGGCUUUUGUGGCUAUGCUUUGUAUGUAGUGUAUUUAUCUCUGCCAGUAUAGAGCUAACAAAGGUUCUCUACUGUCAACACUCAAUGUUGGUUUCAUAGGAAGUGUACUGAUAUAAGUUUAGCCAAAACCAAACCACAGGUUUUUUUCCAAGCUUUUCCUUUUUUAUAGGCUCUGUUGGGGAAACUAGCAACUGAAUGGAAAGUAUAACAUUGCUGCUAUCGCUUGCUUAUUUGGGGCAAUGAAUAUAUUGAAUUAAAUAAAAUUAAGCACCAUUUAAUAGCUUAGUUUUUGUAAAAGCCAGCUGUUAUGACCAUUUUGUAUUUACCACAAGAAUACGGUAACUGAUGCAUGCAGCCAUUGUAGUGCAGGAAGGCUGUUACCUCUGAAAAGGGAAAGCAGAGAAAAGGCCAACGCAAAUGGAAUUGGUUCAGAUAGUGCAGUCUCCUGUCUCUGAUACUGCUUAGUCUGUUUGAUGACCAGAGGGUAGUUUGGAAUUAAACACACAUUGAAAAAUGCCUCAUCAUGAUACUGUCACGUUUUUACCCAUGUGCUGAAGCACAAUGGUGUUAAAUGACUGGGUUAAUGAAGUUUUCCUAAGAGGAGAAGGAGUUAGAAUUCUGUCACUAAUUUUUGUACUCUUUAAGUUUGGUCACUUGCUACACUAUAAUGACUUAAAUGUACAAGACCUAAGUCUUGUGUUGUUCUUUCUUUAAUACCCAGACUCUUCUUAGGUAUCUUUUAACAUUCUGUUUUUUGAAGUGCCUAUUUUAAAGGCCCCACUGCUUAUCUUCCAUUUCUAUCCAGAAUAUAAUACAAAAGGUUUUAUCAAUGCAGAUGUGCUCUCAUUCCACAGGGUGGCAACUAGUCCUUAUUUCUCUUCUCAAUUGUUUUGACAUUUCCACUAGAAGUGGCUUUCCUGGCUAAAUUCCCUAAGUCAGGGUCAUACACAUGGGAAGACAGCCCUUCUGUUGGGGUUAAAGAGUAUUUGGAAAAGCUCAUUUUACUAUAUUUAUUCAGGCUGUAUCAAGUUGCUGAAGAUGGGACCAAAAAGGCAUAAUCUAAGGACAAAAUUAAGAACACUACUUCUUACUACUGUCUCAUGUGGGUCUCUCUGGUAAGUGGUACUCCCAGGGACAAUUGAUCACAGGUCUAUGAUGGCACCUCUAAAGAAAAAGUUGCUGUGAUAAGGUUUAGUUAUUGAUGUGGGUGGGGGGAGAAAGGUUCUGGAGGUUAUUUAUUCACUUUUUAUUUCCAGUUUAUUUUGACAGCUAAAUGUCUCAGAUACUUUGAAUUUAUAUCUACAUGUGUCAUCAGAAUAGGCUUGUAGAUUUAUUAGUUGAAGGUAGGGCUUUUUGUUCUUUGUUAGUGAGUUUACAUACCUUUCUCCCCGCUCAUGUCCCAAUAGCAAGAAAUUGGUGCCUGUGGAUAUUAUUUUUUAAAAUGCUGUUUUGUUAUCUUUUCAAAUUUUGCUCCUAAAUCAUUUUAGUUUAUCUUCAUGUCUUAUGUGUUUAGUCUUCUGCCUUUCCCCCUCUUCAUUGUUGAAUGAAUAAAUAUAUGAAAAUGAA